AAUAUCAUGAAUUUUAGACGGACAGGAUAUAACCGGAUAUAGUAAAAUAUUAGAGAAUUAAUUACCCACUAAUCGCCACCUACCUAUUGACUUGUUGUCACUAAUAUGCUUCUCUAGAGAAAAGUGUGGUUGAUUCCUUGCUCUUAAAAUUAUUAAAGUGGAUCGUUGCCUUGGAGCCAAUAAUUUGAAGAAAGUAGAACGAUGGUAGACAAAGAUGAGAAAGCUUCUUUGCUCUUAAAAAACGUGAUCCGACCAAGUCUUCUAAAGGGAUCAUCAGGUAAACCUGCUUGUUCCAUCUACCGCCCACUCUGUCACACAGAACAAUGACACAACCUAUGCACCCAAUAUCACCAUUGCACUGAUAAAAAACAUCGCCAAAUGAUUGAGGAGCACAAGCAAGUAUAUUUGGAGUUCUUUGUUUCAAAAACUCGGAACCUUGUGGUUUCACAUAAGAUUGGAUACAAUACGGUUGAAGAUCCCAUUUUCAAACUGAGAUGGGUAUUGCCGACUCUAAGAAGAGAUCUUCUCCUUAUCAAAAACCAGGUUCCUCUAUUUCUUCUUACCCAUCUUCUAGAGACAUCAAAGUUAGCUCCAUCCAUUAGCUUAAACAAGCUAGCCUUCAAUUUCUUCGACUAUUCCGUUAGAAAACCAAAAGGGUUUUGGGCACAACACCAUAAUCUUGGAGCGAAACAUCUUCUUGAUCUCUUUCGUAAGACUUUCAUACCCGGCCGGUCUUCACCAACCCCUCCAACGCAAUGUUGCGAUAAUAUGUUUAGUGGUCUUCGAGGAAAUAAUUCAAGAACAAAGACAUCCAACACAACUUGUUUCGGUAAGAUAUGUUGUUUAAAGGCUAGAACUAGAGCGGAAACAUUACCAAGGAGUACUUCUCUUACUCCUCUUCGUCGUCCUCCUCCUCCUCCACCUCUUCCUCCUCGCCCUUUUCUUGGUUUGAUUGUAUCGGCCAAAAAGCUUCGAACCCGAGGAAUAAAAUUCCAGCUGAGGAAGAAUGUAGAUACACCGUUGGACAUAUGUUUCAAGAACGGUUUGCUUGAAAUACCACUACUAGUCUUUGAUGAUUUUAUUAGCUCUCUUAUAUCCAACAGCGUUGCUUUUGAGCAUUUUAAUAUGACAUGUACCACGGAGAUGACAAGCUACGUUACUUUCAUGAGUUGCCUCACAGACAGAGAAGAGGAUACACUGUUCUUAUGCGCGAAAGGGAUUAUAGAGAACUAUUUUGGAACCAGUGAGGAAGUUACUAUGUUCUUCAAGAACAUAGGAAAAGUCAUUGCAUUGUCUCUUUGUCAGAGUUACUUAGCAAAUGUUUUCGACGGGGUGAACAAGUUCAAAAUACACAAGACUCCAUGGAGGACUCUAUCAUCUUCUGCAGCUAUAAUUCUUCUUCUUCUCACCAUAGCCCAAACCUUCUUCGUAGCUUUUGAUUAUUUUAGUCCUCCCAAAAAUUGA